CCUGUUUUGAUCUGCUCCUGGUGUGAGUCACCGCUUAUUUCUGCCCGUUUCAAACAUAACCUAUUUACACCGCUGUUUUUCAUUAUGUCGCCCUAGAAUAUGGCUUCAGGUGCCUCGCAGACCUAUACAGAGAGUAAAGUGCAAUUUCGUAGCGCUGAUGGCGAUGCUGAAGACGAGGAAGACAGUGAAGAUGUCUUAGAUCCCCGAGUGAAGGUAGACAGUUUCUAGACACGUACGGUCAGUUGUUUAUCGUAAAUGAUUACAACACCCUAAAAAUUUACCGUUGUACACAUUAAUAUUUAUCUUUUAGUUUUGACUGCCUGGAAAACUACCACAGUUACAGUGUUUCUUUAUUACCUACACAUGUUUUUCAAUUCUAAUGUGUUCGAGUUUUUUUCGUGAUAUUUAAACAGGGGGAGUUAGAGCGAUUGAACUCUUCGACCGCAGAAAUCAAUCGUCUGGAACACGAUCUUGAGGUAAGAAUAUGUAUAUUAAUAUCAUAACGUGCAGCUUAACGAUUAAAAUAGUUGUAUAAAUGCUUGCGUUUAUCUUUGAUGUGCUAGAUAGAUGCAGACUUACAUUUAUGCAGACGUUGAUUCUGAAGGUCGAUCGAGCCAAAUGUUUCUUUAACGAUAUUGAUUACAAUAAUUUCAUAUUGAAGAUAUCCAUUCCAAAUGUCACGAGCUUGAACUAGUGUGUAAAACGUAUUCAGCAUUGAAGUUGAGGGCUAGCCCUCGGGCCUUUAGCCCAGAAGUCGUCGGUUUGAGCCUUCCACUGGCAUUUAUUCCGAUUCUUUUGCGAAUUGGGCUACAUACCAGGGAUUUGACUGUAUUUGUGGUAAAAUAUCGAACAUCAGAAGUUUCCAAAUUAUUUGUUAUAUUGAAGUUGGUUUGGUUACUGUUAAGGACUCGGUUAAAAUUCCGUUGAUGAAAUGAUGAUACAUACAUAUAUACAUAUACUUUAUUUAUACUCGAAAUUCACAGUGUAGCUGUAGAGCUAAUAUCUUCGAGAAAAUAAGCUAAAAUAAAAUAAAAUAUGCUAUAUUACAAUUCCAAUAUUAUUUAUAAACUAUAUAAAACAUUAUGCAUGCAGAGGAAAAUAUAACUUGUGGAAAAGCUUCAUAUCUGAAGAUCUCCUGCUUGAAUUCUUGAAAAUUUAAUGUUUUGCAAGUGUCUGGGAGAGAGUUCCAUAAUAAUAAGCUGUGGUAAUGCAGGCCAUGUGUAUAAGGGGCAUACUUUAUUUAUUAGUUACCCUACAACUUCAUGUUAACGGUCUUCUUCUUUUUUUUUGGUAACAAAUAUUAUUCCUUUUUGGGUUGGAAAAUGGGCUGUUACAAUAGUGAGAGCACUUAGCCUCUCACCUGCACAGCAGUCAGGGUUCAAUUCCUGCGCAUGGCAUCAAUCAAAUGUGGUUGAUUGUUGUUUUUUGUUAGUUCUCAUCCUUGCUCCAGGACUUUUUUUCCAUAUGCUCUUCUUUUCCUCCCUCCAUAAAGACUAACACUCAAAAUUCCAAAUUCAACCUGAAGAGCUGCUCCGUGGAAGGACCACUACUCAUCAACAAUUCCAAUUGAUUUGCAUCAUUUAUUUUUGCCUUUUUUUUUUUUUUUUAUAUUCAGGAGCUUCAAGCAACAUUCAGACAGACACUGACAGAGUCAGCAUAUGUUCUGAAAAGCCAAGCCACCUUUCUUGGAUUAAAAUGUAUAGAUCGAGCACGGCCGUAUUAUAAUGCAGUACUGAAAGCAAAACAGGUUUGAACUUUUUGACUCUUAAGUGCAAUCAUUAAACCUGAAUAUUCUAUGUGAUCUGUAGUAAUUUUAUUGGAAUAGGUAACAGCAUGAUUUCGAGUACACAAUUUUGAGUGCAACAAAAUUGCAUGCACCUGUAGGGUAAGUGCAAUUUGUAGUCUUUGAAAAAUUACAAGUGCUUAUUUACACCAAAUUGCAUGAGAAAUCAUGUCAUUAACUGUUAAUAAUUUACAUGAAAAACGGACAAAAUUUCAGCAGCGUGUGCACCGUUUGUAAUUUUCACUCAUGUUACAACUUUGCACUUGUGUCACACUAAAAGGACACUAAUUUCCUGCCAAUCAGAUGCGCAUAAUUUGUUCAUAUAUAUUAUUACAGUCAGUUAACAUAUGGCAUGGACAAGGGUUUCUUCUCUUGUCUAGCUGUCACACAUCUCCAUGUCAGUAAGACAAUAAGUUUAAAUGUCCACUUAACCCUCAAACUUCCAAGAUCUGAUUGCCAAUUCUCCCAUCUAACUAACAAACAUUUCUUCUUAAUUGGUUGUGAGAAUUCAGUGUUAGAUCAAGAUAACUUCUACCUGAUAUGUUUGAGUAUUCUCUUUACCUGAUUUUUGGAUAAUGUAUGAAUAUUCCAAGGAGAACUUACAUGCUAAUCAGUUAUAGGAGUUAAAGGGUCUAAUUACAAUUCGAGAACUUGCUUGAGGAAUUUUCCAGAUUGAAACCCAAGUGUAAAGUACCCAGGCCAAAUGAAAAAACAAUUUUUUCUAAGUAUAAUCUAUGUAUUAUUUAAUGGUUUUGUAUUCAGAGUAAGACAACUUCGUCUUUCUUUUAUUAGUCACAGAUUGAAACUCAGAAAGCUGCACUGAAAUAUGAGAGGGCCUGUAGCUCACAUCAAGCAGCCAAGAAAAUGCUUUCCAUAGCAGAACAGAAACUUGUCUCCACAUCUAAGGAGCAUAAAGUUCUGGACCCAACAUGGCAAGAAAUGUUAAAUCAAGCUGUUCUAAAGGUUGGGGGUCCUGUAUAAAAUUUGUCUUUUGUUUUACCUGUGAGUAAAGAUUUUUUUUGCAAGAUUACUCUAAAAAAAGAUCCAACUAAGUCCAUUUUGACAAACUUUCUGCUUACUACUUAGAUAGGAAGUUGAUAUGUGAUACUUAUGCGUAAGGAGAGUGUCUAUGAAGAUGGUGAAUUUUUACACCUACAUUUUAGGUGAAAGAAGAUGUUAUUCAGUGACCAACAUAAUCAUACUGAGAGAACUUUUAGUGUUCGCAACUGGUGCACACUCAUAUGACACAGAGAAUAACAGCUUUCCACAUUGAACUCAAAAUUUGUCAAUUUCAUGAUACUACCAACCUUUUUGAUCCAAGUAGUGUAUUGGGUGCUUGUUACAUAUGAACCUGGUCAUCGCCUUCACUGCAGUUCACCAUCAAUUAUUUAUUAGCUCACUGGUAGACCACUAGAAUUUAAAUCAGAAGGUCUGGGUUUCUAACCUUACAUGAUGGAGAGUUUCAAUCAUUUCUCUUCUAUUAAUGGUAGGUUAUGGAGUCUGAUAAAGAGCGAGCUUUGAGUGAAAAAGAACAUCUUGAGACAGCACAAGCUUUCAGUGAAGCUGGGAGAAAAGUGACAGAAUUAAAAUCAAAGCUGAAUUCUGCUAUCAACAAGUCAAGGUAUACAAUUAUUAUCAUGGUCUUCACAAACAUGAACUUCUGUUAGAUACUGUCAGUUUUAGCCCUUUAACUUCCAUGAGUGACCAAGAAAGAAUUUCUCCUUACAGUAUCAAUACAAAAUCAACCAGCUAAGUGAUGAGAAUAUAGAAAAAUAUCAAUUUUGGGAUAUGCAGUUGAUCCAAUACUAAAUUUUCUGAACUUCUGGUAACAUUAUAAGAAUAGUAUGGUUGAUAGUAAGGAGGAUUACAGAUUUGAUCUGGGAGUUAAAGGAUUAAACCCAGAAGUAACAGUUGAUUUAGGUGAUCAUUGAGAUGAGAGGAAUUCUGUAAAGGAUUAUUUUUCAGUAUUAGGGACUGAUGUCUCGACAACUUGAGCUAAAGUCUACUGUCAUGGUUAGAGACUAUCAGUAGCAAUGAUUGUAAUGAUGACCUUCACAUGAAGUUGUUGAAAUGUCAGGCACUUUCACUGAUAUUAGUACCUUUUAGUACCUGAUCUACCUACAGCAAUUUCUCUGUAAAACCAGACUAAUUUUUUCCUCUCUUCACUUCUAGGCCAUAUUUUGAUUUGAAGAUGAAGUAUGAUCAAAUAUUAGAGGUAAUCAUUAACUGUAAACAUUCCUUGCAAAUAAAACCGGAUUAGUAAUGAAUUUCACUCACAUGUAACAUGAUAGUUCAUAGCAUUUUUGUCCCUUUGAGUAACAUCACCUAUCACCAUCACCCUGUACUUUAAUACAUGUAUAUCUGUCCAGAAACUGUCUGGAAACUGAAUAAUGUUUCCAUUGUUACCUUGAUGUAAUGAGACACUAAUGAUAGCAGUGGUGUAACCUUUCAAAAAUGUUGACUUGCUACUUUUGCUUUAAGUUAUCUCUGAAGUUAGCUUACUAAUCUGAGAUUACAGCAACGAUUUGUGCAGGGUAUAACAAAAUUAAAGGGGAAAUUCAGAGCCACCCAUAAAUUAUCAAAUAGAAAUAAUUUACUGUUUUUGUGCUGCAAAUUAUUUGUUCAGGAAUGUUUUGGGAAUUUCACGUACAUGUUAUGUACAUCCCAGCUCUUAUCAGCUUGUAACAAAUCAAAUAAAUUGUCCACCCUUUUAUGAUUUAGCCAAAUUUAUUUGUAUUAAUAGUUGUUCUUCUCACUAGGCACACAAGCGUCAAGUUGAAAUCACACAAGCAAGUCUUCAGGAGGCAAAACAAAAAUACUCAGUUGCCCUGAAGAACUUGGAAGGCAUCAGUGAAGAAAUCCAUGAAAUGAGACGCAGCAGAGAGAGCCUAGAUGCCCUUUUACUUGAGCGAGAGGAGGGGGUUGGGGCAGAGUCCCCUGAUGACACAGAUUUAACAAACUUGGAAGGUGGGACUAUGCUGGAAAUAAAACCAUCUUAUGGGUUCAAGAUAGCAAUAGUUUCGUCCACAAAAGAGGCAGAACUUGAAAACAGUGGGUUGAUUGUGGGCGAGCGAGAUGGUGACCCAGAGGGUUGUAACUCUCUUGAUGAACAGAAGGGGAGUAAAAAGCUUCAAGAAUCAUUUACCAAGGACAUCAGUGAAUCUGAGGUGUCUGUUGUAUGCCAAGGUGAAAAUGGUCCAACAGGCUCUUCUGAGGAUGUUGAAAAGGGAAGAAACAUGGGAAAACAUUUCUCUAAUUGCAAUUCCAAACCUUCAGUACCAGAUGAAAAAUGGACUGUUGUACAAGUUGAUAGUUGUGCGAGUGCAUCUCAGGACACAAUGGAAGCAAGUGAGUUUUCUGAUAACAAAGAAGUUGAAUGUGGUUUAGAGAUACAGGUUGUGGCUGACCAAGGUAGCAGAAGGAGUGAUGAUGAAAAAUGUUUUAAGGCAUUGACAAAUCAUCAGUUUGAUUUUGAGGAUCAGAACUUGAAUAAGGAGAUGGAUAAAAAGAUGAUCAGGAAAGCCAGGUACAUGAAGAAGCUACACAAGAAUCAGCUUCCACAUUGCAAGACCUCAAGUUAAGGAAGGCUACAGAGAAUACAUAUGAUGUAGAUAAUUCUGUCAAAUCUGCAGAAGGAUGUGAAAGUAACAGUACAUCAGCAAGACAAGGAAAUGUUGAAAGCAAAACUUCAUCAGAAGUGCAAGGUCCAGUCAGGGAGGAAGACUCUGUAGAUGUUACUGAGAAUGGGCAAACUGAUUAUGAAAGUGAAGUUGUUAAUAAAGAGGUUACCAAUGAUAAUAGCCACAUGGAUUUGGAUGUGAUGUAAGAACCAGAUAAUUGAGCUCAAUACAAUUUGGUAAGGAAGAUAAGUAAGACUGUUCAAAAUUUGACAACUUAACAAAUGCAAAAUGCGAUUAAAGCAUGUUUAAAGCAAAGGGCUCUUUAAAAUGAUUUUACACGUUAUUUGGAUGGCAAAGGCAAUUUAGUUUGAGUUUCUUUGCUCUAAGUUAAGCUUAACACUUAAAUUGAUUUGUUCAGCUUGCUGCCAAGGCUUUUAAUUUAGUAAAUUCAGUGUUAACCCUGUAACUCCCAAGAUUUGAUUGUCAAUUCUUCCCUCCAGCUGUAACACAUUUCCUUGUAAAUAAGUAGCAACAAGAAUUUGGUGUUAGAUCAAGACGACAACUUCUACAUGAUAUGUCUGAGUAUUCUCGUUAGCUUUUUACUGGAUCAUGUAUGGAUGUUUCAGGGAGAAAUUAGAUGUUAAUCACUUCUGCGAACUAAAGGUUUCAGGAUCAUUCUAAAUGUAUUUUGGUUUGCAUGACAACACUCAGUCACCUGAAGACAGCUCGUAUUACAUUGUAGCAUUUUUAGAAAUGCGGAAAGUUGACAACUACCUUUGCAGUGCAAUACAUAAUUUUGAUCAUCUCUUUGGAACUCAUUCAUGAAAGGUCAAAUCCACAUUAACUGUUUUAUUUCCUAAUAUUUAUUCAAAGACCAGAAAGUCUUAAGUGGUAUUUUAAAACUUUAUAACUGGAGUUCCUUUUUUUGUAGAUAUUUAUUAAUAUAUAUUUAACAUGUAACUUAGUGUACUUGGGCAUGCUAUGGGUGAAGAACCAUUUUAAGACUGAUGUGGGUAAUUUAAUUACAUAUAAAGCCAGGCACUAGCUUUACUGCAUGCAAGAAGAAGUCAUAUUUCACAAGGUCUGGGCAAAUGCAAUAGAAGGAUGUAGAGUUCCCUCUGUUGACAGCAAGGGCAUGUUUUUUUUUUAAACUGUGAAGAUAAUAUAUUUUAAACUUUUUUUUUUCCAACAUGAUUGGUUUCUGGAGACAACUGCAUCGGCUUUAAGUUAAGCAAAUAUCUAUAUUUAUUGUCAGUUGACAAAGGAAGUUAUUAAUUGCAUCUAAAAGUUGAGAUAUCAGUGAGCCAAUCAAAGUUGAAAAUGUUGUACAACAUGAAAAGACUGUAAGUUAAAAUAAUUAGUGGAAGUUAGAACAGUCUUAAUUAAUGAGAAGGUUCUUAUCAGCAAAGUUUGGUAUAAACUGCUUUUACUUAGUUAAACAUCAUAAUAAACAGAAAGUGUUCUUCAAACUGUCCAACAUUCCUUUCACUUAACAGAAAUACACCAGUUGGAUUUUGGAGUUAUAGGCUAAUUUUUGCACAUAUCAUUCAUCUCUGACUCCACUUUUAGAGUUUUAUUGAAUGGAAGGCCCUUUGAGUACUCAUAAACCUUUCCAAUUUUUGGAUAUUGUCCAUUCAAGGCAGACCACUAACAGUUUUCUGUGAAUAUGUUCCGAGACUCGCGCUUUUAAAACAACUUUAUUUAACAGAUCAGUGAAAACAAUUUAUAGUUCACAAACUGCAAAAACAACUUGAAGUUUUAUUUCCCGAUC